CCUGGAAGAGAUCGUUGACUUUUGAAUUCGUUAGUAGCAACAGGCAAUAUGGCACAGCAGCAGAACAAACUGAAGCUGUAUUCUUACUGGAGGAGCUCCUGCUCCUGCCGCAUCAGAAUGGCCCUCAACCUCAAAUCUCUGGAAUACCAGUACAUACCUGUUAACUUGCUUAAGGGGGAACAAUUCAGUCCUGAGUUCCAAAAGCUGAAUCCCAUUGGAUAUGUACCGGUGCUGGUGGACGGCGACGUUGUCAUUUCGGACUCUUUUGCUAUUUUCAUGUAUCUGGAGGAGAAAUACCCUCAAAUCCCCUUGUUUCCAUCUGAUAUUGCAAAGAAGGCACUCAAUAUACAGGCUGCAAAUAUUGUUUGCUCAAGCAUUCAGCCUCUUCAGAAUGCAACUGUGCUGAAGUACAUUGAGGCAAAAGUAGGUCCAGAUGAGAGAAUUCCUUGGGCAAAAUUCCAUAUUGAGAAAGGCUUUGAAGCGCUUGAGAAGCUGUUGAAAGAUCGUGCCGGAAGAUAUGCGACCGGAGACGAAGUUUCCAUGGCAGAUGUGUUUCUAGCACCACAACUUCAUUAUGGGACUAAACGGUUCAAUGUUGACAUGGCUAAAUUCCCGCUUUUAACUCGGUUGAAUGGGGCUUAUAGUGAGCUUUCGGAAUUCCGAAAGGCCAUGCCGGAGAAUCAGCCGGAUGCUCCUCUGGCAUAGGGCAUUUUGUUAAGAUGGUAAAUUGAUGGGGAAUUCAACUACUGCUGAAUGCUCCAUCUGUUUGGCGGCUGGGAAUCUUGAACAAGU